UUUAAGAGUGGUCCUAAAGAAGCAGCUGCUCCAAUUAACCAAUGACCUGAUUAACUGGAAUCCGCUGUGCAAAAGAGGAACAGUGGAGUAGCGUUAAUGAAUUUAUGGAUCAUUCAGAAAUCUGAUGGCGGAUGGGGAGAAACUGUUCCUGAAUCAUUGAGUGUGGGUCUUCUGGCUCCUGUACCUAAUCCCCAAUUAUGGUAAUGAGAAGAGGGCAAGUCCUGGGUGGAAAUUAUUGGGAAUCUUUGGUGAUGUACCAAAUCUCUGACAGAAACGUGUCACAUUGCCCAGAUCAGAGAAGAUGGGUCAUGGGGACAGGCUGACCGAGAAGAGAGCGUGUCGUGAAGCCAGCCUCAUUAGCAGGAAGGGUUGAGCCUGUGGUGGACGGGAGGGAUGCCCAUUGCUCUCAUCUCCUCACUGACGGGCCUUCCUCUUUUCCCUGCAGGCUCAGCCCAUCCCAUCCUUCCCCAGCUGAGUGAGGAGACGCUGGGCAGCUGCAGGAGAUGGAGGAAGACCUGGGGGCCAUGAAAAAGGAGGAGGAGGAGGAGGAAGAAGAAGAAGAGGAGGAGGUGGAGGAAGAAGAAGAGGGCUGGGAAUUGGAAGACGAGAUUUCCCCGCGGCCCAGGAGGGCAGGGUCCCGCCGGCUGAGAGGGGGAGAGGUUGUCCGAGCUAGCAAGCGGCCUGGCCCCUUGGACAUCCUCAGUCACCGGGCCAGCCUUGCUGCUGCUGGCCGGGAGGAGGAGGCCGUGGACAUGCCCCACCGCUGCCCUGUCUGUGGCCAGGCCUUCGGCACACCAGCCCAGCUACUGGUACACCGCAGCGGUCACACCAGCGACCGGCCUUUCCUCUGCGACGUCUGCCAAGAGGCCUUUGCCCAGCCCUCAGAGCUGGCCGCACACCGGCGGAGCCACGCCGGUGAGCGUCCAUACCAGUGCCCUGUCUGCCACCGCCGCUUCGCCUACGGGUCCUCGCUGGCCAUGCACCGGCAGGCCCACGACGGAGAGCGGCCCUACCGCUGCGCUGCCUGCGGCAAGUCAUUCCCCACCUCGGCCAAGCUGCUGCAUCACAGGCGGCAGAGCCACGAGCCGCAUCCUGCUCCCCCUUCCUCCUCCUCCCCCUCGCCCUCCUCCCGCCGCCCCCUCUGCCACAGCCCGGACUCGCUCUCCCGGAGCCACCAGUGUCCGACCUGUGGCCGCUCCUUCGCCCAGUCCUCAGACGCCCUCAAGCAUCGGCGCACCCACACUGGCGAGAGACCCUUUGGGUGUGAGUUGUGCCCACGUUCCUUCAGCCAGCUCUCCACCCUGCUCAACCACCAGCGCAUCCACCUGGGGGAGAAGCCACAUCGCUGCCAGGCCUGCGGACGUUCCUUCACUCAGUUGUCCACGCUGCUGAACCAUCGGCGAACCCACACCGGCGAGCGUCCCUUCCGUUGCCAGUCCUGCGGCCGGGCCUUUGCACAGUCCUCCAGCCUGCUGAACCACCGGCGCACCCACACCGGAGAGCGACCCUUCCGCUGCCCCAUCUGUGCCAGGGCCUUUGCCACCUCCUCUUCUCUUGCCGUACACCAGCGCUCUCAUCUCUGAGGGCCAGGGGAGGAGCGGUGGUCAUGGGGCUGCACUCUCCCCUCCCCACACCCCACCGAGAAAUAACAACUCAACCAGCUACCCCCCCCCCCCCCCCCGUAGUCCAUGAGGAAGAGUGUGGGGUAAGUCUGUUAUUCCCCCUUGUUGGAGAGAUUUUGGUGGCGAUGGGUCUGGAACCCAGCAAAGAUGUGGAGUCCCAUCCAGACAGCAGCAGACCUCAUGGUCCAACGUGUUAAAUGGGAUGUCUUUUCUCUUUCCUCUGUCUCUUUCUCUCUCUCUCUCUCUCUCUCACCCCCUCCUGCCCUGGCUUGUAUGAGGAGAAAGAUGCCCUGAAUAAAAACGUGGGGAAAAGAACAAAGCUGGCGUUUGGAGGGGGUGUUGAUUUUAACAUAAAUUGGCUCUUUGGCCCACAAUGUCUGUACUGACCACAAUGCCAAUCUAAUCAAUCCCAUCCGUCUGCACGUGAUCCAUCUCCCACCAUUCCCUGCCUGUCAAUGAGUCCAUCUAUCAAGUACCUCCCUCAUACUGACCACUGUGUGUAAAACAAAAAUCUGCCCACCACCUCGUCUGAACUUGCCCCAUAUUGCACCUUCCACCAUGUGUGUGUCUAAAAGCCUCUUCACUGCCUCUAUCAGACCUGCUUCCACCACUUUCCUUGCUAGCACCUCCCACUGACCAUGUAAAACUAUGAAUUUCCUCCCAAUUAUCCUCAUCACACCUUACAGCUAGGCUCUGGUAUUUGUCAUUUCUACCUAAUGAUGCCCUCUGUCCUAUCUGUGCUUUACACUGAGCACUGCACCACAGAAACGUACCUUUGGCCCAUGUAGUCCAUGCCAAACUAUUAAUCUGUCUAGUCCCAGAUCCAGAUCACAAACUAAUUAUAAACUUUGAUAUGCUUGCUUAGUUUCUGACACUCCAGAGAAAACAACCCACUUUCUCCAAUCCAGUCAGAGCCUGGUGCACCCUCUCUAAAGCUUCCACAUCCUUCCUAUAAUGAGGCAACCAGAACGGAAGACAUUACUCCCAGUGUGGUCUCACCAGAGUUUUAUAGAAAUGCAACAUUACCUCGCAGCUCUUGAAAUGAAGGCCAAUGCACUAUAUGCUGCCUUAACCACCCUAUCAACUUGCACAUAACUAUGAUUCUUCUAUGAUGUGGACCCCAAGAUCCCUCAGUUACUCCACACUGCAAAGAAUCCUGCCAUUAACCCUGUACUCUGCCUUCAAAUUCGACCUUACAAAGUGAAUCACUUUUUCAGAUUGAACUGGAUCAGCCCAGCUCUGCAUCCAUUCCUGUUGUAACCCUCAAAGCCUUCUACACUGUCCAGAGUGUCACCAAACUCUCUGAUAUCCCCCACCACUUCUACACUGUCCACGAUGUACACCAGUCUCUGAGAUAUGGACAUGUGGUCGAUGUUUAGGGAUCUCUUGCAGGAUGUUAGGGAUAAAUUUGUCCCAAUGAAGAAGAUAAAGAAUGGUAGGGUGAAGGAACCAUGGGUGACAAAUGAGGUGGGAAAUCUAGUCAGGUGGAAGAAAGCAGCACACAUGAGGUUUAGGAAGCAAGGAUCAGAUGAGUCUUUUGAGGAAUAUAGGGUAGCAAGAAAGGAGCUUAAGAAGGGGCUGAGGAGAGCAAGAAGGGGGCAUGAGAAGGCCUUGGUGAGUAGGGUAAAGGAAAACCCCAAGGCAUUCAGUUACAAUCUUACAAUUAUGUAAAGAACAAAAGGUUGACAGGACUGACAAUAGGACCGAUUAGAGAUAAAAGUGGGAAGAUGUGCCUGGAGGCUGUGGAAGUGAGCGAGGUCCUCAAUGAAUACUUCUCUUCAGUAUUCACCAAUGAGAGGGAACUUGAUGCCAAUGAGGUCAAUAUGAGUGAGGUUGAAGUUCUGGAGCAUGUUGAUAUGAAGGGAGAAGAGGUGUUGGAGUUGUUAAAAUACGUUAAGAUGGAUAAGUCCCCGGGGCCUGAUGGAAUAUUCCUUAGGCUGCCCCACCAGGCGAGGGAAGAGAUUGCUGAGCCUCUGGCUAGGAUCUUUAUGUCCUCGUCCACGGGAAUGGUACCGGUGGAUUGGAGGGAGGCAGAUGUUGUCCCCUUGUUCAAAAAAGGUAGCAGGGAUAGUCCGGGUAAUUAUAGACCAGUGAGCAUUACAUCUGUGGUGGGAAAGCUGUUGGAAAAGAUUCUUAGAGAUAGGAUCUGUGGGCAUUUAGAGAAUCAUGGUCUGAUCAGGGACAGUCAGCAUGGCUUUGUGAAGGGAAGAUCGUGCCUAACAAGCCUGAUAGAGUUCUUUGAGGAGGUGACCAGGCAUAUAGAUGAGGGUAGUGCAGUGGAUGUGAUCUACAUGGAUUUUAGUAAGGCAUUUGACAAGGUUCCACACGGAAGGCUUAUUCAGAAAGUCAGAAGGCAUGGGAUCCAGGGAAGUUUGGCCAGGUGGAUUCAGAAUUUGCUUGCCUGCAGAAGGCAGAGGGUCGUGGUGGAGGGAGUAUAUUAGAUUGGAGGGUUGUGACUAGUGGUGUCCCACAAGGAUCUGUUCUGGGACCUCUACUUUUAAUGAUUUUUAUUAACAACCUGGAUGUGGGGGUAGAAGGGUGGGUUGGCAAGUUUGCAGACGACACAAAGGUUGGUGGUGGUGUGGAUAGUGUAGAGGAUUGUUGAAGAUUGCAGGGAGACAUUGAUAGGAUGCAGGAGUGGGCUGAGAAGUGUCAGAUGGAUUACAACACGGAGAAGUGUGAGGUGGUACACUUUGGAAGGACAAACUCCAAGGCAGAGUACAAAGUAAAUGGCAGGAUACUUGGAAGUGUGGAGGAGCAGAGGGAUCUGGGGGUACAUGUCCAUAGAUCCCUGAAAGUUGUCUCAGGUAGAUAGGGCAGUUAAGAAAGCUUAUGGAGUGUUAGCUUUCAUAAGUCGAGGGAUAGAGUUUAAGAGACACGCUGUAAUGAUGCAGCUCUAUAAAACUCUGGUUAGGCCACACUUGGAGUACUGUGUCCAGUUCUGGUCGCCUCACUAUAGGAAGGAUGUGGAAGCAUUGGAAAGGGUACAGAGGAGAUUUACCAGGAUGCUGCCUGGUUUAGAGAGUAUGGAUUAUGAUCAGAGAUUGAGGGAGCUAGGACUUUACUCUCUGUAGAGAAGGAGGAUGAGAGGAGACAUGAUAGAGGAAUAUAAGAUAUUAAGAGGAAUAGACAGAGUGGACAGCCAGCGCCUCUUCCCCAGGGCACCACUGCUCAGUACAAGAGGACAUGGUUUUAAGGUAAGGGGAGGGAAGUUCAAGGGGGAUAUUAGAGGAAGGUUUUUUACUCAGAUAGUGGUUGAUGCAUGGAGUGCACUGCCUGAGUCAGUGGUCGAGGCAGAUACACUAGUGAAAUUUAAGAGACUACUAGACAGGUAUAUGGAAGAAUUUAAGGUGGGGGGGGGUUAUAUGGGAGGCAGGGUUUAAGGGUUGGCACAACAUUGUGGGCUGAAGGCCCUGUACUAUUCUAUGUUCUAUAUCCCCCACCACUGUCCACAGUGUUACCAGCCUCUGUUAUCCCCCACCACUGUCCACAGUGUUACCAGCCUCUGUUAUCCCCCACCACUGUCCACAGUGUUACCAGCCUCUGUUAUCCCCCACCACUGUCCACAGUGUUACCAGCCUCUGUUAUCCCCCACCACUGUCCACAGUGUUACCAGCCUCUGUUAUCCCCCACCACAGUCCAGUGUUACCAGCCUCUGUUACCCCCCCCCCACCACUGUCCACAGUGUUACCAGCCUCUGUUAUUCCUCCACCACUGUCCACAGUGUUACCAGCCUCUGUUAUCCCCCACCACUGUCCACAGUGUUACCAGCCUCUGUUAUCCCCCACCACUGUCCACAGUGUUACCAGCCUCUGUUACCCCCCCCACCACUUUGCCACUCUUUUCCCAUUCAGUUUGUAUACAACCCCUCCAAAGCCUCAUUACACUAUCUUCCCAGGUAUGAGCUUGAACUUUUUUUCCAGCGUGUUGGAGGUGCCAACGUCAACCACUCUUGGCACUUGGACCUUCCUCUUCCGUGAGUCCUGGUUCCACUGUCUGUUGGGUCAAGAAGUCGAGAGCUGUGUCACCGAGCGAAAGAAUCACAGAGACAGCAUCAGAAACUGCAGCAUCUGUGGAGAGAGAACCCGUUUAAUAAUGCAGGGCUGACAGCCUUUCACUGCAAAGUGUACUGAGAAGGGGUUGGUGUGUAGAGGGGAGAAAAGAAUGUGCCGGUGAAGAUACAUUGUACAGGAUUUGGGAUGUCACUUCGCAGUUCUAUAAAACUGGUGAGACCCCACUCAGAGUAUUGUGUUCAGUUCUGGUCGCCCUGCUGUAGGAAAGAUGCCAUUGAGCUGGAAAGAAUGCAGAGAUUUGUGAGGAUUCGAGAGACUAGGUUAUGGAGAGAGAUUGAAGGUUGGGAAUGGAGGUAGACGGUGGUGAGGAAGGCGUUUGUCAAGCUGGCCUUAAGGCCAUUGAGUACACAGGAGCUGGGACAGUUGUACAGACGUUAGUGAAGCCAUGUUUGGAGCCACCUCACUGAAGGAAGGAGUGCAGAGAUGAUUUACGAGGAUCGGAGUUAAGGGAGAGAUUGGCCUCACUAGGUCUUUAUUUCUUGGAACACAGGGAGAAUAAGGGAUGACAUUAUAGCUUUUAAAAUUAUUGGGGGAGGGGGGAACAAUUUUUUCCAGACGGUAGGUUUAGGAUCAGAAGAAAAGAUUUUAAAAGGACCUGAUGGGUAACUUUUUCAUGCCGAGGAUAGCAAGCGUGUGGAACUAGCUGCUAGAGGAAGUGGUUGGAGACAGAUACGUUAACAUUUAAAAAGAUACAUGGGACCCCUACUCUUUGUGAUGUUUUUAAUAGAUUAUUUGGAGAAGGGUGGGUUAGUAAGUUUGCAGAUGACGCAAACGGUGGUGUUGAGAGUAUAAAUCAGGUUCCCAACCUGGGAUGCAUGGGCCUCUUCCUUAAAUGGUAUGAAAAAGGUUGGGAACCCUGGUUUUCGUGAGUUACAAUGGGACAUUGACAGGAUGUAGAGCUGGGCUAAGAAGUGGCAAAUGCAGUUUAAUCUGGAAAAGUGAAGUGAUUCACUUUGGAAGGUCAAACAUAAAGGCAUAAUACGGGGUUAAUAGAGAGAUUUUUAACUGGAGGAACAGAGGGAUCAUUGGGGUUCAUGUCCAUUGACCCCUCCCCCCAGUAGUUGCUCAAGUUGAUAGGGUGGUUAAAGUGUGUGGCCUUCAUUUGUUGGGAGAUUGAGAUCAAGAGCCACUAGGUAAUGUUGCAGCUCUGUUGGUUGGACCAUACUUGGAAUAUUGUGUUCAAUUCUGGUCACCUCAUUAUGGGAAGGGCGUGGGUGCACUGGAGAUUUACUGGGAUGCUGCCUGGACUGGAGAGUGUGGCUUAUGAAGAAAGAUUCAUGCAGCCAUGGCUCUUCUCCUUGGAGAGGAGGGUGAAACAUGACUUCAUAGAGGUAUGAGGCAUCGAUCAAGUGGAUCAUCAUUCACUUUUAAGAAAAGUAGGGAGGGUAUGUCAGAGGUAGUUUUUUUUUUCCACACACAGCUCAACUUCCUUAGUACAAGCUGGGACCUUAUUAGUGCAAGAGGUUUAGAUGGGGAAGAAUUUGUUAAAUGUAUCCAGGAAGGUUUCUUAAAUCAAAUGUGGAUGGUCUGACGAGAGGAGAGGCUGUACUGGACCUGGUGGGUAAUGAACCUAGUCAGGUGAGAAACCUUGCAAUGAGCACACCCUUUACUUUCAGGAUAUCUAUACGUAUCGUCCUUGUGGGAGAGAUUUAAAUUGGAGUAGGGCAAAUUACAAGGGCAUUAGGUAGGAACUAAGUGUUAAUUGGGAACACAGUUUCUCUGGCAAGUCCACAUCAGACCUGUGCAGGGUGUUAAAAGAUCAGAAAAGGUAAGUUUCUGUUAAAAGGAAGGGCAGGGAUGAAAACAUAAAAUAGUACAGCACAAUACAGGCCCUUUGGCCCAUUGUGAUGUGCUAAUCCUUAAACCUUGCCUCCCAUAUAACCCCCCACCUUGAAUUUCUCCAUAUACCUGUCUCGUAGUCUCUUAAAUUUCACUAGUGUAUCUGACUCAGGCAGUGCAUUCCAUGCAUCAACCACUGAGUAAAAAUCCUUCCUCUAAUAUCCCCCUUGAACUUCCCACCCCUUACCAUAAAGCCAUGUCCUCUUGUACUGAGCAGUGGUGCCGCGGGGAAGAGGCGCUAGCUGUCCACUCUGUCUAUUCCUCUUAAUAUCUUGUACACCUCUAUCAUGUCUCCUGUCAUCCUCCUUCUCUCUAAAGAGUAAAGCCCUUGCUCCCUUAAUCUCUGAUCAUAAUCCAUACUCUCCAAACCGGCAGCAUCCUGAUAAAUCUCCUCUGUACCCUUUCCAAUGCUUCCACAUCCUUCCUAUAGUGAGGCGACCAGAACUGGACACAGCUGGAAAGAUGAGAGAACCUUGGGUGUCCCAAGAGGUGAUGAAUGGAGUGAAGUAGAAAAACGGAAAGUAUUUAAAGCUUUGGAAGUUAUGAAGCAUUAAGUUGGAUAAGUUCCCAGUGUCCUGAUGGGAUUUACCCCAGGUUAUUGAAGGAGGCAAAAGAUGAGAUUGGGGGCACUCCACCAGUAUCUGCAUGUCCUCUCCAGCCUGGCAAGAGGCUAAUGUUGUACCUCUAUUUAAGAAGGAAGCAAAGAAAAGUCCUGGAAACUAUAGACAAGUGAGUCUCGUGGCAGCUAUCGGGAAACUACUGGAGAAAAUCUGGAAGGUUGGGAUAAAUGAGCGUUUGGAAACCCAUCACCAAAUUAGAGAGAACUGGUUGUGCUUUACCAACUGAAUUCUUGACAAGGUAAUGGGAGAGAUUGGUUAGGGUAGGGCGGAGAAUGUUGUCUACUUGGGUUUUAUUAAGAAAUUUGACAAAGUCCCUCAUAGUAGGCUAAUCCAGAAGUUUAAGAUACAUGGGGGGUCAGUGGUGAAUUGGCUGUUUGGAUUCAGAACUGGUUUGCGCAUAGAAGACAGAUGCUAGUGAUUGAAGGCCCUUAUUCAAGCUGGAGAUCUGUGAUUAGUGGAGUUCCACAGGGCAAGCAGCGUCCAUGGAACGAGGUACAGUCAACUGAUGAAGUAAAGAGCUAGGAAGUUGACUGGUGAGAGAUACAAGGCUGGAGAAGGGGGAGUCCGAUUGGAGAUAACAGAAGGCCAUGGAAGAAAGAAAGGGGGGAGGGCCCAUUAUCUCCCGGUUUUACCUAUAACCUUGUGUUUCUCUCUGCCCUCUCUCACUUUUUUCUCCAAUCCUGCUGUAGGGUCUCGGCAUAAAAUCUCCUUUUUUCUAUAGAUGCUGCCUGGCCUGCUGAGUUCCUCCAGCAUUUUGUCUGUGUUGCUUCGAUUUCCAGCAUCUGCAGAUUCUCCUUUGUUCGUCCUGGGAUCUCUGCUGUUUGUGAUCACUGUAGAAUCUUCUCUAUUUCUGCAUAAAUAUGAUCGGAUCUUCACAUGUCCUCAAACUAGAUAGAGAACCUAAUUAAAUAAAUAACACAAACAUUGUU